AGUAAAGGCCCAGUUCCACGGAGCUACCAUCUCAGUGGCUUCCCCGCAUCCUUUUCGGUUCCUUCUUUACCUGCUACCAGUAGUCACCCUGUCAAAAUUUCCCUUCUUCCAAAUUAGAACCUAACGGCCAAUCCUUGCAACCCUGAAAUUCCGUGAUGUCGCUUAAUCUUGCUAAAACUCCCGUCAAAACUUCCAUUAAAGCCGCCUCCGCUUUAUUGCUCCUCAAUCUUUUGCCCGCGGCGUUACCGCUAAUCGGAUAAACGAGCUCCGAAGCGGACAGCGCUUUGUCUUUACCCGGACCGAAACGUUAAAUGCGAAGCGAGAAAGAAAUCGUCGCGAUACGAAUGUGGGCGAGAUACGAUGACGGAGAGCGAGCCACGCGGCGGAGCGGAGACCAGCGGGGAGCCACCUCAUCCUCCGCGGGGGACGACGCCGGCGAACCCUGCGGCUACGCCGCCCGAGGCCGCCAUCGCCGUUGUCGUCACGGCGAGCUCUGCCGAGACCGAGGCUUGUGGAGGGGGGAAGGUGGCGUAUGAGCGUCGACCGGCGGAGGGGAACGGGGAGGCGGCGGAUGUUCCGGCGUCGCAGGCGGGCGCGUGUGUGGUCAUCGAAGUGGGGCGCAGCAGCGGAGGGGCGGACGACGACGAGGAUGUGGAAGCGGAAGAGGUGUGUAGGAUCUGUCAUUUGAGUCCGGAUCGGGCGGAGGAUGGCUCGGAGCUGACCCAGCUUGGGUGCGGGUGCAAGGGUGAGCUCGGGAUCGCUCACCGGCACUGCGCCGAGGCGUGGUUUAAGCUCAAGGGUAACAGGUACUGUGAAAUCUGUGGUACAAUUGCUAAAAACAUCACCGGCGAGGAAGACAGCAGAUUCUUGGAGGUGUGGCAUGACAGGAGGGCGUUGAGCAACAUAGACUCUGAGAGGAGUGGUUGUUGGAGGCGUCAACCCUUCUGUAAUUUCUUAAUGGCUUGCCUGGUAAUAGCAUUCAUACUUCCAUGGUUUUUACGUGUAAAUAUGUUCUGACAUGGUGCCUGCUCCACUAUACCUUGGUCACGGAGAAUCAGUAAGUUGACGGUAUCUCAUCCUUGCCUUUCAGAGGGUGGAAAGAUGGUUGGGGUAAUAUAUACAAGUCAUUAGCGAAAUUGUUUUGUUACUUGGCUUAUAUGCAGGGCCUUUGGAGCGCCUGCACUUCAAAAUCUCUUUGGCUUUAGCAUUCAGUUGCACGAGGGCAGGCAAAUUGGACAUAUCCACUCAAUUUUUUGUUCUUUCGUAUUUUGGAGAUUUUAGAGUAACAGACUUGUAUACAUGCAGAUUGUCUUUGGUUUCCUGGUUGUCCCCUUUUUGGAUACAAGUGAUCUACAUGACAUUUAAAUUUGAGUAAAUAUUGAGAAAGCAGGUCUUUUGAUUGCUUAUGCUUAA